AUAUUUUGUAAUGGUUAAUGUCAGACUUUUUAAUAUUCAUUGUAUAAAAGGUCAUAUUUUAUGUAGGACUUAUGCAUAAGUGAAUCCACCGUAUGAAAGAUAAUCAAUGAUGAGAAAGAAAAAAUCUAUAACAAUGCAAAUGACUUGGAUGAGGUAAAUUUAUUUUGUAAAGAAUGAUGUUUCGGAUUUGCAAAAGGUUUGCAUUCAAAUUUGCUAGCGAUAACUAUCGGGGUCGGUGAUACGUGUAACGACGUUGUUGAGAAGAAGGAGGAGACAUUUGAUGGUAGAGAUAGUAGAGUAGAUAAUGAAGAGAGUUCUAUAUGUUGCUAAUGGUUAUGACAAUGAAGUUGUUGAUAGUAGACCAAUGACAAAGAAUCCAAAAGAAAAUUGGUUAUACUGUGUGACAAAGUAUAGUGAAAUAAAGUGUGUUUUGAUAACGUUCAUUAGAAUUCGGUUACCGUAAUUGAUUUUGAUUUUUAAUUUCAAUAAGAACUUCCAGAGAUGCCUCGAUUAGGUCGUUGGAAUCUAUAAAAUAUUUGAAUGGAAUAAUUUAGAUUCUCUUAUGGUUUCAAAUAAGAAAUAUUUUACUUUGGACAAAGACCCUUUUGAUGGUGGAAGUAGUGGAGCUGGUGAUAUAGAUAACGACUUUGUUGAGAAGAAGGAAGAGAUAUUUGAUGGUGGAGAUAGUAGAGUCGAUAAUGAAGAUAGUUAUCUUGCUAAUGGUUGAGACAAUGUUGUUGAUAUUGGGCCGAUGAUAAAGAAGUCAAAAGAAGAUUUGUUCUAAUGUAUGAAAACGCAUAGUGAAAUGAAGUGUAGUUUGAUUAGUUUUUUUAGAAGUUUGGUUUAAUUGGAUUUUAAUUCAAUUAGGGCUUUCAAAGAUGCAUCGGUUUGCACUACAAGAAAAUUAAUUUUUGACGACCACAGAAAAUUGGUUGUUGGAAAACUCUAUAUGAAGUAUGUCUAUAUCAUUCAAACAAACAUGAAACGAAUGCAACUUUGGGAGAAAAAUGACAUCAAAUAGAAAAAUAUAAAAUUUAACAAUUAUCAUUAUCAAAUCUCAUUGGGCCGAACGGAAAGUAAAGGGAGUAUAAAAGAAAAUUCACUGUAAUUUGUAAUGACAAGUAGUAAAAUAUACCGUGGUUAGACAAUUUUGUAGGACUUGGCUCCUUUGCACAUUGCACGGGUGUAGAUUUUAUGGUUUGUAAGUAAUUUCACUGACGAAUCAUUCAGGAUGUUGAAAAGCUCUAACUAUAUAUGUUUUUUUAUAUAUAUUAUUGGGUUUUGAAUAAUCGGGAUUUGAAAUUAUAUCAAGUUUAUAUCCUUGAAAAAAUUGCUCCCGUCCAAAGGACGGGCCGAGAUCUAGUUAAUUAAGAUGAUGUUGCUAUCCUUGCUACUUCGGCAUGAAUGCAUGAUGAUGUUACCAUAAAAAUAAUCAACGGAAAAGAUUAUUGGCGAUUUAUUUUCACACGGAACAAGUGGCGGUCGUUUGUUUUUUUUUUUUUUUUUUUUUUCUUGUUGUGUGUACAGGAUGGUGUGGUUUCGUUUGUUAGUUGUUACGUCGUUCGACUUGUACCAGGAUGUUUGAGUGUCGUAGCAGAACUCCUCUCGUACUAUUUAGCCUCCCCCCCGGCCUCAUAUGCAUCCUACAAAUGUCACAUUCGAGACCCAACGCGUGUCUAUGAUCAAACCUUCAUAACCGUUGGAUUGCUCGGUACCUUCGAGAAGAAUCCAGUGUCCUCUCUACGAACCCAGUUUUUUUUUUACCUUCCCUUUCCUUCUUGCCCACAUUCCUUUCCUCUCACUUUUUUCUCUCAAAUCUCUGGUAAGGGCAAGCAAGUUCUUAGCGUUUACUUGGUUGAUUUUUUCGCCAUCUUUCUCUGGUAAAGGACAGUCUGUUUAUCGAUCGGUUUCUCUCUCUAAAUUCCCAUUUGGGUUUUUAGAUUCUGGGUUUUGAUUAUGUGCAGCAAAAUGAUGUUUUCGCAGUUGGGUUUUUUUUUCAGGUGGGAACGAAAAAAAUGAGUAGGAGUAGCCGUUCAAGCCGAACUCUUUACGUUGGUAAUCUUCCUGGCGAUAUCCGCUUGAGGGAGGUUGAAGACCUGUUCUACAAGUAUGGCCCUAUUGUUGACAUCGACUUGAAAGUGCCCCCGAGGCCUCCUGGUUAUGCUUUCGUUGAGUUUGAGGAUCCUCGUGAUGCUGAUGAUGCGAUUCGUGGUCGGGAUGGGUAUGACUUUGAUGGCCACCGCUUAAGAGUUGAGCUUGCUCAUGGAGGCCGCAGGCAUUCAUCACCUGUGGAUCGCUACGACAGCUACAGUAGCAGCAGCAGUCGUGGACCAUCAAGGCGAUCUGACUAUCGCGUUCUGGUCACCGGAUUGCCUUCCUCUGCUUCAUGGCAAGACUUGAAGGAUCAUAUGCGCCGAGCUGGUGAUGUCUGCUUUUCUCAGGUCUUUCGUGAUCGUGGAGGCAUGCGGGGGAUUGUGGAGUACACAAGCUAUGAUGAUAUGAAAUAUGCUAUUAGGAAACUGGAUGAUUCUGAAUUUCGAAAUGCAUACUCUCGUGCUUAUAUACGGGUACGGGAAGAUUAUUCUGGGAGAAGCUACUCAAGGAGCCCGUAUGACUCAAGACGCAGCUAUUCUAGGAGCCCGUAUGACUCAAGAAGUCCUUAUCGUUCAAGGAGAAGUUAUUCCAGAAGUCCCGAGUAUUCAGCACAAAGCUAUUCCAGGAGUCCCAGCCGCAGUCCUUAUGCUUCAAGGAGCAGGAGCCGCAGCAGCUACAGUCCUAUAAGCAGGAGCGUGUCUCCUGUGGCCAGAUAUCGUUCUGAGUCCCCUCGUAGGUCUGUCUCAAGGUCUCGGUCGAGGUCAAGGUCCCCAUACUGAUGUUAAGCGUCGAAUGGGAUCAUUCAGCAUUUGCCAUUGAUGGCUGGUUGCUUAGGGAGACUUAGAUAGCUGCUGGUCCCCAAACUUCGCCAGUGGAAGAUGGUAGUAGUAUGAUAGAUGUUUGAGGCAGUUGACAAUGGAUAUGGUGGAAGUAUAAGACUUGAUUUGGAGAUUGCUUUAUUGAGCUUCUGUAUUUGCUUGUUAGUAUUACCCUGGAUCCUAUAUGCCAGCGGAUGGUAUGGAUGUGUGGUUGUUGAGAUGGAUGGAUUGCCGUGAUGGGUGAGAUGGUUGGUUUGCAUAUAAAAUUUGUGACAGUUUCGAAAGAUUGAUUGCCUCGCCUUGUUUCUCGAGAGACCAAACCCCAGGCUCACCUGUAGGAUCUUCUACUACAGCUGCGGCUGCUCCUCUCGAAAGGAGCAUUUUCCGCUAUAAAGUCGUUCUAAGUUGUUACCUCGUGGAGAUGGUCCAUUUCAAGUUCUCGUGUGCAUCAAUAAUAAUGCUUACAAGAUACU